AUGUCAGCACAAUCGAAUCUCACUGGCGGGCAGGCACCGUCGGAGAACUCGGCCGUUGGAACUCCCACCAAGUAUUCUGCAGGACAGACUCGAUCAAGCGUUGCUGGCAGACGUCGCGUGCCUCGUCCUAGGUUGGACCUUGACAUACAAGCUACUCAUAGUGUUCGAUGUGAAGAACUGUCAUACAGAUACAUCCGCGACACUUUGCGCAACCAACCAGACAUCAACAAACCUCUUCCUCCUUUACCUGACCAGAAGCCCCUGUCACGCCCAGCUAGUCCUAUUGAUAGAGCUGCUCAUUGGGUCAACAAGAAAGUCGUUACUCCUGUCAAAGAGUUCUUUAGGACGCCCGAGGUGGAAGAGAUGAUCAAACAGAAUCAGGAGGGUUACAUCAAUGAGCCACACCCAUCCUUCGCCGAGUUGAGAUCUCAGCCUGUCACCCCUAGACACUCAAGAGGUAGAUCCAGCAUUGACCGCCGUUUUACCUCUUCAAGACGAUCCGACAGUAUCAGCAGCAUCUUAUCGCGUGAGACUUUCCAGAGUACUCCAACCACACCCAGAUCUCGUAUGUCAGAUGUCUCGAUGUCAAGCAGUGUUCGACACGCGCUUGAUAGUGCCCAGCAGGUUGGUAGUCGUCUCGGACUGAACCAUGAAGCUGGAAGACUGUUCUUUGCUGACGCUGCACCAGCUGGAAUGAUGGAUCCUUGCAGUGUUUGCCACAAGGAGCCUAGAGGUGUCUUGUAUCAUGGUCGUUGUCGUGACUGUAGAUGA